GCACUCAGCAGAUGUCUUAGAAAAGAAGCUCCCGUGUCUUUCUUUUCUUCUUUUUUAUGAAAACGCGUUUGAGCGGAGAAUUUUGCGCCAUGCUUUGAGGGCAGUCUGAAAGUCAUGCGAUUCUUGACCUUCCAGUGCCGAUAAUUCGUGUGAUAUUUCAUGUGGAAAAUGCCUUGCGAACAACCCGCACUACUACUGCUAAUGGUUUUUGCCGCCACAGGUGCUCAGUAUGUCGAAUAUCGUUUCCACUGCGACUCCAACGAGGUGCGAGUGUGGAGCUAUUUGCCUCGCCUCGAUCGCUUCUGCAAGCCAUGGCUCACGUUGGGCACCGAGCUGUUCAUGUACCGCUGGUGCCUCUGCAAAGAAGGUUACGUGCGCAACGCCUGGGGCGAUUGUAUCUCUGUCCGCGAGUGCAAAAGCUGCGCCAACGAGCGUCACGCGGACUUCAACGCCUGCUCUACGGCGUGCCCGCUAAUCUGCGGCAAACCAGAGCCUCAGAGCUGUACACGGCAGUGCGAGGUAGGCUGCGCCUGCGCGCCAGGAUAUAUACUUGACCCCUGGGGCAAAAUGCCAUGCAUUCUCGCGGCCACGUGCCCGCCGGAGUGCCCUCGUUACUCCAGUUUCCAGCUGUGCACGUCUAACUGUGAGCCUAAGUGCAACGGACCCCUACAAAAUAUAUGCGAGAUGACGUGCGACAACGGCGCAUGCGUAUGCUGGCCCGGGUUCUACACAGUGUUCUUCAGUGGCAAGAAACACUGUGUUCCUCCAAACCAGUGCCCCAGGACACAAUAAACAUUGUUUGGGCAAAAA